CUCACUCACCGAUCUAUGCCACACUAAUUCCCUCCUUGGCAGCUGCACGUCUGUGAGGAUUAAGCCCAGGAUUAGACAGUUUGACUGCACAGCCAAGACUCUCCUCAUCUCACACCAACAACUACUGCGCCACCAUGACUCCAGCCAGGCAAGAAUGGGAAGAAAACAAACGUCCUGAUUUUCGGGUGUGCGACAUCAAGACACCAGUGACAAAAUGCCAAGUGUCAAACCGAAGAAAAAGAAAACCAAGAAGGAGAUUAGUGAAGUUGAGGAACCUCAAGCAGGACCCGAGCCAGCUAUAGAAAUGGAGGGUCUGGAGAGCCACAGAGAGCCGCUGACCCCUGAGCCUCCGGACAAUCCACCACAGAAGAAGAAGAAGAAAAAGAAGGCACAUACUUUGGAUGAGAGUGAACAACAAGACCUUUCAAAUGGAGAUGUUCAAGAGCCCCAUACAGAUGAUGAGGAAGUCACCAAAAAAAGCAAGAGAAAAAGGAAGGCUAAGAUGAUAGAAAACCAGCCUCAUAAUGAGCUCGGUGUGGAGGAGGAGGACAUCAUCACCGAUGUGCACGCACCCAUAUCUCAGCGCUCUCUGUUCUCAGCCCCUCUGGGUCACAGUCAUCCGAUGGGAAAAGUGUUUGUAGAAAAGAACCGCCGCUUCCAGGCGACUGAUCGUUUGGAUUUAUCCCGUGGCCAUAUGGAGGAGUACAUGGAGGUCAGACCCAUGUGGAAUACACGAGAUGUCGCCAUGAGGGUCCACAGCGGCUUCAGGAUCAUUGGACUGUUCUCUCAUGGAUUUCUGGCAGGAUAUGCGGUGUGGAACAUCAUUGUAGUGUAUGUGUUAGCUGGAGAGCAGAUGACCACUCUACCUAACCUUCUCCAGCAGUACCACAGUCUGGCUUACCCAGCACAGUCUCUGCUCUACCUGCUUCUGGCCAUCAGCACCGUGUCUGCCUUUGACAGGGUGAAUCUGGCCAAAGCCUCCAUGGCUCUUCGAGGAUUUCUCACUCUUGAUCCAGCGGCUCUUGCUUCCUUCUUAUACUUUGCUGCUCUCAUCCUGUCGCUGAGCCAGCAGAUGACCAGUGAUCGUAUACAUCUCUACCCCACAGCCAAUGAAACACUUUGGCCCCCAGGUUCAGAACAUCAGAUUCUACAGCCCUGGAUUGUGGUGAACCUGGUCGUAGCUCUUCUGGUUGGUCUGGCCUGGGUGUUUGUUGCUACACGACCGGACAUGGACUACACUGAAGAUGUUAAAGGAGUGAAAUAAUUCUUGAUGAUGUAAGAUAUAAGAAGACUGCAAUGGACUGUUAGGACAGCUGAAAGGAUAAUUGGUGUGCACCUGCCCAACCUUGAGGACUUGUACAAAUCCAGAGUGAAGAAGCGGACAGGUUACAUCAUCACAGACCCCGGCCACCACCUGUUUGCAUGUAUCCCCUCAGGCAGACGUUACAGAUCUCUGCAUUAGAACAUCUAGAUAAACACAGUUUUCCCCCAUGACAUCUCCAGCUUAAACAGCUAACAGAGAAAUCACCACCUGUCAUCUAUAAUUCAUUUCUUAAUAACUAAUUAUAGUC